AUGAGUAACAAGCUUUGGGAGUGUUUCAUUCAAGAUGAUGUCGAGCAGUUCCAGCGGUGUCUGGCGAACGCGACGUUCGCGGGGCCGCGAGCUGCAGGGGGCUCCGGAGGGACCUCCAAAGCUGCGACAAACCUGUCAUCGAAGGCUGGAAGCCCCGGGUCCAUGAUUGCCUCGUCUCCAAAUCCGCCGAGAAGUAAGAAGAAUCUCGAAUCAUCACCUGGGGCCUUCCUGCCUGACCGAGCGGCCUUCCCACGCGGGAGCGUGAACUUGUCGCGCGCUGAUGUUAAUGCCCGCGAUCAUUACGGCCGUACGCUGCUGCAUCAUGUCGCAUCGUCCUCGAAACUUACCGCCUACAAGUUCGCACGCGCUUUGCUGGAAGUUCCGUUUGUCGAUAUAUAUGCGCAGGAUUGGGAGAGUGGAUGGACGGCUCUGCAUCGGGCUCUUUACGCCGGGAACGCCACAAUUGCUCUGGCGCUCAUGGCGCGCGACCUGCAGGAUAUGACAGAUUUCAGUAAAGGUGGAAAUACGAGCCAUCCGAGUGGUGGUCUGAUCAAGAUCAAGGACCGUGAGGGUUGCAGUCCCUUCGACGUCUUCGGGGCGACUAUUAGAUCCCGCGAGAUUAAGCAUCUCUCUGAAAAGUGGCCGAACUUAGAUCUUGAUGAUGAUGCUCUGGGCAGCGAUGCUGCUUCCAAUGCCGCCUCAAAUUUUGGAGAUGAUGGGGAAGAUGGGGCGUACGCUCUUAGGAGUGUCCUGAAAGGGGCCGUGGAUAUUUCCGCUGACGAAGUUUUCACACUGGGAAGCAACAAAAAUCUGAACCUUGGUCUAGGGGACCAGGAUGACAGACAAUUUCCUGAGCGCAUCUCAUUGAAGCGCCCCCAGCAUCUUUUACAUCGAUUUUAUCGUGAAUACCAAGAGAAAUUGGAACACCUAGGGCUCGAGGAUAGCGUGCCCAAGAGCAAAUCGACCGAGCUGCCCACGUUGAUCACAAACAAGCCAAUGAAGUUCCAAGACAUUAUCAUGUCCAAAAUGCAUACCGCCAUAAUCACAGGUGACCCCGAGGCUAAUCUGUUCAUGUGUGGAUUUGGACCUGGAGGGCGCCUAGGAACAGGAGAUGAGUCGACUAGUUUUACCUUUGUUUGUAUUGAAGCGGGUGGGCUGGAGGGGAAGAAAGUUGUAUCGGCUGCUCUGGGUCAAGAUCAUAGCCUGGCAAUUACCGAGCAGGGUGAGAUUUUCAGCUGGGGAAGCAACAAGUUCGGACAGCUUGGCUAUGGCCUGCCCAGGACUAGCAACAAAAACGACAUUCCCAUUCAGACGACUCCUCGCCAGAUCUUCAACCCGUUCAAGAAAGAAACGAUCAUAGGUGCUGCAGCAUCGUCUAUCCACUCGGUGGUCUUCAGUACCUCAGGUCUCUAUACCUUUGGCAAGAACGAUGGUCAGCUUGGCUUGGUCGAUUCCGAUGCGCGUUCGCUUGAGGUACAAACGACACCACGGCGUGUUGGAGCAUCCCUUUUCAGUUGUCCAAUCAAGAUGGUGUCCGCCAUUGACCGUGCUACGUCUGUGCUUCUGCAGAACCACGAAGUCUGGGUUUUCUCGUCAUAUGGCUAUUCAAAACUCUCAUUCCCACUGGAGGUGAGCUCCAGAUUUAUCAGGGAUAGCUUCAUGGUAACCAGAUACGACAAGACUGCGAAUCGUGUUGUCAAGAUUGUAUGUGGAGGCAACACCAUAUGUGCAUUAUCCAGCUCCGGUGAUGUAUUCACUGUUCAGGUCAACCAGUCCGAUAAUUCUUCGGCUUUAACGUCCACAACCAAUCCUACAAAGAUUCGGAAUUCGUUAGCCACCCCUGUUCGAGCAUGGUCCGUUAAGAAAUCAUACAUGGCAGCCAGCGAUGUUGAUGUUGGGCAAGACGGUUCAAUUAUCAUCUGUACAACAUCUGGAUCCGCGUGGAGAAAAGAGCGGCGGACAAAGAACAAGGAGGGAGCCUCGAAAGACUACAAAUUUGCCCGCAUACCUGGUCUCUCACGGGCAGUGGCAGUGCGCAGCAAUGCCUUCGGGGCCUACGCUGUCGCUCAACGUGACUGCGAAGUGACCAGAGAACAAAUUCAUAUCGAGCAAAGCAGCCUUGGGGAUGAUAUGUUGCCGUUGUCCCCAUUUUUAAUCCCAGGGCUGGAAGAGUUGGACUCAAUCCUCGAAGAUGACGCUCAGAAUAUCCACCCGCUUGUACUUUCAUCCGGAAAAAGUAUCCAAAGAGCCAUACUUUCAUCCUCGGAUAUUGAAAGCCAAUUUCUUUCCAUAUGGACCGAGGGCACUGUUUGGGUGACCAGCUCCCUAUCUGACGCUUGCAUUCCUGUUCAUGAGUUUCUUAUAGCUGGCCGUAGUCCUAUUUUGGGAAAGGCAUUGACCGAGUUCCGGCAGUCAUAUUAUUCAUCCGUCCCAGGCGUUUUUGAUAUUGAAUACGGGAAGGAUGGACGUCCCCAGAUCUGCCUCCAAGGUGUUGAUUUCUUGACCGUUAUGAACGUGGUCUUUUUCCUUUACACAGACGGCAUUCUCGAUGUCUGGCGCCUAGCAAGGAGCUCGCCCGCAAACUCGGCCCGUUUCCGGCAGGUUCGCACUGAAGUUAUGCAGGUUUCUAUGCAUUUAGGCCUGCCAGCGCUGGAGCGGGCAGCACGACUAAUGGUCGAGCCGCAAAAAAGCCUGAAAACAGAUUUGGCUCAUGCCAUCAACCACUCAUUCUUAUUUGACAGCGCAGACGUGACUAUCCAGCUCAAAGGCGAUACAAUGAAAGUGCACAGCCACGUCGUGUGCCAGAGAUGCCCGUUCUUUGACACUCUUUUCCAUGGUUAUGCAGGUGGAAGGUGGCUAGACUCACGCAAAGCGGAUCCAAACCAGAGCGUGCAUGUCGACCUAAAGCACAUUGAUCGCUCGACAUUUGAAUUUGUCCUGCGUUACCUAUAUGCCGAUACAGAAGAACGGCUGUUUGAUGAAGUCCGGACCAAAGAUCUUGAUGACUUCAUUGACUUGCUUCUGGAUGUAAUGUUCGUGGCAAAUGAGCUGAUGAUCGACCGACUAUCUCAAGUGUGUCAGAAGAUGCUUGGUCGUUUUGUCACAACGCGCAACGUGUGCUAUUUGCUCAAUUCCAUUGCUCCUUGCUGUGUCACAGAGUUCAAGGAUGCCGCCCUGGAAUAUAUAUGUCUCAACCUCGAGGCCAUGCUCGCUAAUAGAUAUCUCGAAGAUUUGGAUACUACUCUCCUUUGGGAGUUGGAUCUGAUCUGCCGCGAGAAUCAGCUAGCAUGCUGGCCCAUAUCCCGUGGGCGCAAUUCUGAGGAGUAUGCUUUCGAGAAAUACCCCGAAAUCGUUAGCUCCGUGGAAGCAGAUAAGCAACGAAGGAUCGAUGCCAUGGCUUUGCAGUCCCGCCUUGGUCGUCUCGAGCCUUAUGAUGCACGAGCUCGGUCAGCGCCUAACGAGAAAGUCAUUUCAUCUCCGUCUGUGCGCAAAGCGAAGACCAGUGUACCCGGAGGGUCACCAAAUGUUGGUACUAGCCCAAUGCUGAAGCCGAGACAGUCGGUUGGGGAUCUCAUGUUUCAAAUGGACGACGAGGCCCUCAUAUCGCCAAGUGCCUCGAAAGGCAAGAGCGCCAUGCGUGGACUCAAGUUCACAGAAGGCAUACCUGAAGAUCGAUCAUACCCUGACUCCCCAGAUUUGGGGGCAAGCGUCCCAGAUCCCGAGUCCUUGGGCGAUCUUAGUUUCUUGAAGGAUCAGAUGUCUUCCCCGCAAGACCCGCUACUAGCACAGUCCCCAUCUGGGUCCAGGGCAAUUAUUCAAAACCAAAAACAAGCCGUGGCAUCAUCAUCUAAUCCCUCCUCUGCACCAUGGACCUCGCCAAUGAUUUCGAGUUCCAAGAAAGAUAUCAAAGACAUCAUGGGAGAAGCAUUACAGUCUCGGGUAUCAAACCUCACGCUGGGCAUGGCAGAUCGGCGCGAAAGCAGCGGUAGCUUUGUACCCAAGAUCUCCCAAAAGGAGCGAAAGAAGCUUCAGCAACAACAGAUACAAGAGCAGUUGGCUGCCCAACAGAAGACGAAGGAUGCACCGCAGAAUCCAUGGCAGAAGCCAGCAACUUCUUCUCCAGCGUCGCUCCCUCAACUCGAUCCUCUGCCAGGUCAAAGCGCCCCGGCUUCUGAGGCUGUUAAAUCACCUCAAAGGUCCAUGACUAUGCGGCAAACUGUGGCCGGCACACCGCCGCCAAAUUCAAAGCCGGUGGCUACGCCUGUGCAAACACAACGCCGCAGUGUGUCGGGCAACCCACGGCCCUCUCCUCAUUUGAAACCUUCCACACCAGGACCUUCAACAGCAACCCAUAACAAUCAAUCAACAUCACCACGGCCAGCCAUCCAGUCUAUUCGUCACAUCCCACGCCCUGAUCUAACAGGAUCACGUUCUCCAUCCUCUGGCUCGUACUCUCUAUCGACCAUUUUGCUCCAGCAACAGACCGAAAAGGAAGCGAUCCGUGAAGCAGCCACAGCCAAGCAUAAAAUGCAAGAGAUCCAGGCCGAGCAGGAGUUCCAGCAGUGGUGGGAUCAAGAAAGCAAGCGUGUGCAAGGACUGGUAGAGCCAGAGCCAAAUGAACCUCGCUCUGGAAAGGGCGGACGAGGCGGCAAGGCGCCUGGGGCUGCCGGUGGCCCGCGUAAGCGUCGAGGCAACAAAAAUACAGGUGAUGGACCUGCUCCCCAAAAUCACAGACGCGUAUCGGCUCCAAUCUCUGGGCAUCCAACUCCCAAAGCGAAUCAGAGUGGCCAGGCCCCAGCCCAAUCUCAAAAAGCCCCGAACAAAACUCGUGCUGGAGGUGUUGCUGGGAAUGCCAAUGGUAGUCGCGGAGGCGGUAAUCAACGCGGUAGGGGCAAGAACGACGUAACAACAUGA